AUGAGCUUUAAUGGUUGGAAAAAGUAUAUUGAAGAAGGCGAUCUUGUGAUUGUCUACAUGUCUAGAGAAAAUAUGAUACCUAUUACCAUACAGAAAGACCAAGAGUUUAACAACCGAUUUGGUACCUACAAGCAUAACGAUAUCAUUGGAAAAGAAUUUGGCUCAAAGAUGGUAUCAUCAAACUAUAAAGGAUUUGUCUAUCUUCUUCAUCCUACACCUGAACUAUGGACACUUGUUCUUCCUCAUCGUACGCAAAUUCUAUACCUUGCAGACAUCUCAUUCAUUUCAACACUACUCGAGCUCAAGCCAGGUGUGAGCAUGAUUGAAUCAGGCACAGGAUCAGGAUCAUUUUCACAUAGUAUCGCACGCACCAUUGCACCACACGGUAAAUUGUAUACAUUCGAAUAUCACGAAGAGAGAGCCAAAUUGGCCGAAGUCGAAUUCAAAGCCCAUGGAUACGGUGAUAUCAUUAAAGUACACCAUCGCGAUGUGUGUAAAGAUGGAUUUCAGCUUGAAAAUUUAGUAGAUGCUGUCUUUUUAGAUUUACCCGCACCAUGGGACGCAGUGGCAUCAGCAAAGAAGGCAUUUAAACAGGAUAGAACAGGAAAGAUAUGCUGCUUCAGUCCAUGCAUUGAACAAGUGUCUAAAACAGUAACUGCCCUUGAGCAGAAUGAGUUUAUUGAAAUCACCAUGUAUGAAUGUUUGAUGAAAGAGCACAUGGUCGUUCCUGUGCAAAAGUUAUCAUUCCAGGAUUUGAUUCAAGAAGCAAAACAGAAAAAGUUGAAUGGUAAAGACGGAUCACCAGUGAUUGUGCCUGUUAAGAGAAGACUCGGUAAAGAUGAACCAAUACCAACGGCAGAAGAAGUGGAGGAAUCAAGUCAAUUAAUGCUUACUUCAAGGACACCAGGAGAGACAAGAGGUCAUACAAGUUAUUUGACCUUUGCUACCUUUUUACCAUCAACCGCCUUUUAG